GUGCUGCAGAGGCGAGAAGAAGGUGGAAGCACAACUAGCUUAGAUUUCGAAACACGGUUUUUAAUCUCUCGCGCAGAAAGGCCGUUGUCAUUUUUGCUAAUUGUAAAUCUUAACUUUAUACGUUGGCGUCCGUCAGGUGUCAGUCAGGCGGAUAUCUACUUUUCUGUUGGCAUUCACGUCAGCUAACCGUAGCAUCGUGUGGUCACUCAACUUCUAACCAUCUGUCCAUUCUUUUUUUUUCUUUUUCUUUUACCUAUUCCGGCGAUUUUCUCCUCACCAUGCCUAUUCAGCUGACGAGUCAGGCUUACUGUAAGAUGGUUUUACAUGCUGCCAAAUACCCUCACUGCGCCGUCAAUGGGUUGCUGGUGGCAGAGAAAAUGAAGGAGAAAAAGAAAGACACCCACGGGGAGCCAGUCUUGUGUGUGGAUUGUGUGCCGCUGUUUCACGGCACUCUUGCUCUGGCACCGAUGCUAGAAGUAGCUUUAACACUGAUUGAUACUUGGUGUAAAGAAAAUAAUUACGUCAUCGCCGGAUACUAUCAAGCCAAUGAACGCACAAAGGAUCCAAGACUCAACCAAGUGGCAGAAAAAGUGGCUGCCAGGAUUUCUGAGAACUUCAGUGAAGCAGCCAUUGUUAUGGUGGACAACAGUCGAUUAACAAUGAGCUGUUUUGAGCCCAUUGUGCACAUCUACGACCAUCAUGAAAACAAGUGGAAAAGCAGAGAAGUAACUUUUGACUGUUUUGAGGACUGGAGCGAAGCACAGAAGAUCACAUCUGCUCUGUUAGAGGGCCGGUCCUACGAGAACUUGAUUGACUUUGACAAUCACUUGGACGAUCUGAGGAACGACUGGACCAACCCCGUGAUCAACAAGUCCGUCCUGGAUCUAUGCUAAGCCAGUCAGUCCCGAGUGCAAAACACAUAAAGAAAAAUUUCUGCAGUUUCAGCAUGCAUGAUGCUACUUAUUGUGUAGCACACGAGUACAACAAUACUGAACGCAUGACCUUUGUUCCAUUAAAAGCCCCUCCUCCUGAGAGGAACUUACGGAGCACUGACCGGUUAGGCCAACAUCCCUGAAGUGCGAGAGCCAUAUGUGCUGUGCUGGCGUGGGUCCACCUUUACAAGGUGAUGCUGAGGUGAUGAAGGCAAUUUUGUGUUUGACUGCAACUUUUGUGUGUGUGUGCGUUUUUUUUUUUUUUUUAACAAUGGUUUGUGUUUCUUUAUAGUUGUGUGGAUAAACUUAAAUUCUAUAGCAUUUCAUCUAUUAUUUCCUCCUAAACAAUACAACCAGUAGCCAUACAGAGAUCAUACAUUUAAGGAAAUGAAUGUACUACAGAGAUGAUUAUAGAAGUGUGUUUUCUACCAUAGGUGUAGUUUGUAUAAAACCCCUAAAUUAAAAUAUAGAACUGUAUUCUGAAAGAUUUUGUGGGCAGUUAAUUAAAAAAAAAAGCAAACAAUGUAAACCUUAGAUGAACCACAGUCUUCUAUUAUCUUUGUCUUACCUAGUUUAAUGGAUAUGACUUAAAUUAUUUAUUUUUAUGCAAACAUUUCAAUGAUUGAUGUCUCCCGGUACACUUAAGAGUUUAAUUCUUCUGAUUAUACACAUAUUGGUGAAUUGGCUUUUGAUUGUUCAGAAAUACAUUAUGUCAAUGAACGCGUGCAUCUAUGAAUAGUUUUUUUUGGGGAAACUGUAAUUUACUGCUUCAAAGUUUGCUAUUAAAUAAGUUAUGUUAAAACAUUUCAAUACUUAAUGUUAUGAAACAAACACUUUUCUGUUUCAAAUUAAGCAGUAAGCGCCAUAAAAUAAAAGGUGUGAUUGUCACAUUUUUUGCAUAUGUUUUAUAAACUGAAUGUACAAUGAAAUCCCUUU